CGUGACGGGUCACGUUAUUGGAGGUCGGCAGUCGGUCGGUGUGGAAGCACUGCGCUCUCUUCCGACGAGUCACUAUCCUGCCUGUACUUACCAUAAAAUAUUACUCAGAAGAGUUGACGGGAAAGCGAAACCAGACUAGAAAACCAGCAGGGGACUCUUAUAAAAUCCCGGCUUUGAGCGCUGCGACCGACAGAAGGCUGUAAUCUGAAGCAAGAGGAGCGAGGAUCUCACCGCGGACUGGAUGACAAGCUCCACGGUAUUAUAGGUGCACCGGAGUCUGCCGACGACAUGGAAGAGAAAUAGUUGUUCGGAUUCAGCCGAGGUCAUGGAUGCAAGCUGGAAAAACUGCUUCGAAGAGGAGCUUCUGUGUCCCAUUUGCCUGAAUGUUUUCGACGAACCCAUCCAGCUGCCAUGCAAGCACAACUUCUGCAAGGGUUGCAUCUCCGAGGCUUGGGCCAAAGACACCGCCGCGGUCCGCUGUCCAGAGUGCAACCAUGACUACGACCAGAAGCCCACACUGGAGAAGAACUUCAAGCUCGCCAACAUAGUGAAGCGCUUCAAUGCUUUGAACACUGAGAAAGCCCCCCCUGUGCUGCACUGUGUCCUCUGCAGACGAGGCCCCCCGCUGCCCGUGCGGAAAGUCUGUCUGCGCUGUAAGGAGCCCUGCUGCCAAACUCAUAUCCAGACGCACCUACAGCAGCCGUGUGCGGCGCCGGGACACCUGUUAGUCGAUGCUGAGGAGCUGAGCGCUUGGACCUGUCCCAGUCACGAGGAGUACAGGCUGCUCCACUGUGAGGAAGAGCAGGUGGCUCUGUGUCCGUUCUGCUGCAUCUCUCACUGCACUAACCAAAGACACACAGUCUGCGAUGUUGAUACGCAACGCAUACAAAUGCAGGCCAUGCUAAUGAGGCAGCAAGACAGACUGGAAGGUCGUGUUCAGAACAUCGAUGAGCACCUCAACAAGCUGGAGUCAGACAAGACACUGAUGAAGGAUGCAGUGUCUGAACUGAAGGAGCGUGCAAGAGCCCAGUAUCAGCGGAUGCAUGCGCUGCUAGAAGCAAACCAGGCUGACACCAUGCAGAUGCUGGAGAGCACCUACAACUCGUACGUGAGGAAGAACUCCCAGCAGGUGCUGCAGCUCAACGAGAGGCGCCACGAAGCAGAAAAACUCCUGAGCUCAGUGCACACAUUCUUCCGAAAAGCAGGCAGUUUGAAUUUCAUGAAGAAUACAAAACCUUAUCAGCUGCUCAUGGACAGGUCAAACUCACAUCUGAAUAGCAUUAUCCCUCCAGUCAGAGUGGGCCAGCUCAACUCUCAUCAUUUGCUGUCCGACCUGUCAACAAGAGAGAAGAACUUGCGAAAAAUGCUGGAGGAACCAUUCAUUGAGUCGCCUCUUCUGGAGAUUGUGCAGUCUCACAGCAGCUCUGCUAGCUCCCAGUUGGGGACUAGUUCAGGAAUACAGAAGAGGAAAUACAGCAUGGCGUUCCUGGAGGCUAACCCAGAAAACUCCCAGAAUCCUCCACCUUUGCUCUACAGCAGCAAAAAACCCUUCCUGCCCGACCAAGGUCACCGGGCUUCAUCUGUAUAUGCCUCUGAAGUCCUCUCGCAGAAUCCUCACACUGGCCCUGGUCAUAGUCGGCUCCUAGACACUUCAGCCCAUCACAUGGUGGGUCUAGGGUCCAGCUCUAGCCACCACUCAGGAACCAUAUUCCCAUCCUCCCACUUCUCAAGUGGUGGUGCCUCACAACAAGCCGUGUACGAAGGGAGGAAAGUACUGAUGUGUACUUUGAAUAAUUGCUGCUGCUCCAGGGCCCCUGCUGCUUGCGCCCGACCUCCGUACCCAGCGUCGGACUCCUUCCCCUCUGUGACCUCUCAGGAGUUUGCCCCACAUGCCUCUCUACCUGCAAGUCAGCCACUGCAGCAUUUUCCCAUGAGGGGACUGAUGGAAACAUCGCAGUCAGCCAGACAUGCCGAAUUCUAUGGGCUGUAUGGCCAGUCUUCAACCAAGCAUUACGGGACCAAAUAAUAAACCCGAAUCAGCAUCCGUUCUGUUUUAUUAGAUCACGUUUGGCAUCAAGAAGUUCCAUGUUUGUUUUUUUGCUCCUUUCCAUUUUGAUUCAGAAAUGCGACCCCAGAUUAUAUCUCCAACACACCUUCAUGACAAUCACUCUUGACAUCUAUAUGAAACCAUUUGGGGAGAACGUGCCCUGUUAACUUGUGUAGCUCUGUUUACUCCCCGAAUCACAGUGACAGUACUAAUGAUCUAAUUUGAAAGCAUUAUUUAUUGUCUGUUUCAGUUCGACUGGAAGUGCUAAUGUGAAUAAUGUAGUCUUAAAUCCAUUCAAACUUAAGAAAUGACAUAUCCUUCGGGGGUCCUGGCAUGGGACUCCAGAGACUCCAGUGCCUAAAGAGACUGUUAACACACUUGUAUUGUACUUGCAAUUUCCUAACUCUUGAUUAUUUCCUGUUUGCAGCUGAAAGCAUGCAGGGAGCCUCUCCAUGCACUCCAAAGUCCACGUGGCUUUAGAAAAAAAAAAAAAACACUGGACUGCAAAUGUUUUGUUUUUUUCCAGAUUCAGGUUUUUCAUUAGUUUUUUUUUAUAGAAGAUUAUGAAUAAACCAAAAUCUUUUGAAUAAAUAAAAAAGCGUAUUACAUGACCUUUCAUUGUAUUUUGAGCACUGGUUUUCAAAAGUAAUUCGCUGGGUUUGCUGGUGUGUACUUUAAACCAGGUGACGCGCUGGUUAUUUUAAACAUCGUGUCUGAUUAUAGUUUGAGGUCUAUUUGUCCUAAGAAGCAAAUUGUGCGAUUUGUUUGGGUAAAGAGCUUUUCCAGGGUGACUCACUGAGUUACACAUGAAAACAAAAAAUAAAGAGAAGCUGUUACAGUGGUACAUCCGAGCCUGCUGCUGACCAGCAAAGCUUGUAAAACAGAGAGAGGAAAAAAAAGACACUGAAAGGCCGUAUGUUUGAGAUCUACUGUAUUCAGAGCAGAGCACAGCGGAGGAGGUUACAGAGCGGCCCACAGCAGGCCCAUUAUCUGCCAAUUUAGGACAGUUCACUUCCUUGUCAGCAUCCUGGUCUCUGGCAAAAAUCUCUGUGUCAUCCCUCUUUGUCUUGUUAUUGGAGCUGGUUGUCAAGUUAGGUCAGAGAACAGGAAUAACCAAUGAGCAGCACCUCCCCUCUCCUCUCUCCCUUCCUCUAUCAUUUUCCAGAGCUCGAUGCAGAGGAGGAGGAGAGGAGCGUUAGGGCGGAGGAUGAUAUAAGCGCAGAGUUUUAAUGAGGAUCUACUUAUCUGUCACUCAUACUCCUUUCAUUUUUCCCCUCCCCCAUUUAGUGAGAUAGCAGGAGCGAGCUUGGGGUGGUGGGGGCAGCAAAGUCAGGGUCGAGGGGGGUAGGAAUGGUAAGGCACAUCACUUAUUUAUAGGUUAUAAAACCUUGCUCCCUCCUAUAUAGUCCAGUCUGCUUUUAGUUUUUUUAGUUGUUGUUUUUUUGUCUUCUUUGAAAUCUCUUUCACUUCCAUGAUAACUCGGCCUCCCUUUAGCAGCAAAUGCACGAGGGAGAGGAGUGAGAGGAGCUGAGGUUUAGUUACAGUGUGGCAAUCUGACAAUGUGCGUGUGUGUGUGUUUGUGUGUAAGCCAAUUAGCAUUCCCCUUGUUCACUGUCCCUUCUCGCUCUGUGUGUGUGUUAUUAAUAAAACAUACAGCAGAUGUUCCAAAGGAGCAUUUUAUCCAUAUGAUCAUUUUUAUUUAUAGAGCCCUAUUUAAAUCAAUGAUCCAUUCUAUAGAGCGGGGUUUGCAUGUGCUGUUUUUCUUUUUUUGUUAGUUCUCAUAAAAGAAUUGGAAAUUUUAUUGAAUUGUUCUCUCGUGCAUUGUGUUGCCCUGUCCUAACUACAGGCGCAAGCACGGGGCUGGACGAAAAGCGUCUAUGGUAUGCUUGUUCUUCGUUUGCGCUGCCUUGUGUGCGGGCUCUGUGCAGACGAGUUGAAUCCUGUUUUAUAAGUGAAUGUGUGCUCAGGUGUCGCCACACAAUCAGGCGGUUAGUGCGUUGCAUCGUAUAUGUGCAUAAUUAGGCUUGUGUGUGAGCUCCGCGAGGUCACGUAUAGGGUAAAGGCUGAUGCGCUGACAGCUGUGCUCUGUUGUGGCAGGUGUGUCGGGGCUGUAUAUGCAUGAGAACAACACGCCCCUGCCUGCAGUAGGACAUGAGCCUGCAGUACGUGUGCUCAGUGUGCAGGAAACUGUGCAGCUGUUGUUUGUAUGCUUUUGCCAGUGACUAGAGAUAUUAGAGUCAAGAGACGUCAGCUUAAGGGAUGCCGAAGUGACCUCUGUGAUGACGAGUCAAAGAAAUCUACAACCUCCACAGUUUGUCUGGACCAGAGAGAGUCUUUGCUGAGCUUCACAGAUACUCCCACUGUAAUCCAGAAACACCAGUAUAACCGUCCCAGAAAAGGAAAUAACACAGCAGUUCAGUCAUCCCCAGAAUGGCUGACCUUCCUCCCCCUGGCUUAAGACUUCCUUGUAUUCCCAGCAUUUUAUUAUAUGUUUUGGGCUAUUCCUCAUCAUCGAUUGGUUGCAAUACAGAGAAAAGAUGGGGGGAUGGAUGACCUUUUGAACACUGGGUGACUGUUGUCAUGAAAGGCGACUCCCACUCUCCCAAAGUCGAUGCACUCUGGCGAUGGUAUCUUGCAAGACCUCCAUGCAUUUAGCCAGAAUCCUUUUCCUCAUCCUUCCUUUCAGGCUUUAUGACCACAGCUGCAAAGAAGACCAUCCAACAGCAGUGCCUGUGUCCCACAAACAUGAUUCGACAUAUUUGCUGAGUUUUUAUUUUCAGACAUCCUUCACAUGUGAUUUGACACAUGAAGCAGACUGUUAUGUGUCUUUUACUCAGAACUGCUCGCGUCUGGUGGCGGUCAAACUUCCUGCAGGUUCUCCGAUCUCUACAGAAAACAUCUGAAGUCUUCUUGCAAUAAGUGCUGAAUUCUUGGUCACAUACCAGACCAAUUAAAUAUUUACUCAGACAUCCUA